AAACCCAACAGAAGAAGAUAAAAGCACGUCGCAGGCAGCGGAGGAAGUACCGCAGUGGUUUGCGCUGUUCUCCACUGCGUGCGUGUUUCACACGGUUUUUAAUCAACUUAUCUGAAAAACUGAAUUCGUUUACAUUUUAGUCGACAUAUACAAAUUACUGCGCAUAAUGGCCACGGAUUCGGGAUACGGCCAGUAUGGCGGUGGUUCUCAAAGCUAUGGGUCAUAUGGUGGUCAACAAACUGGGCAGAAUUACGGACAAGGAAAUGGCGGAGGGCAGAAUUACGGACAGCAAGAAGGUUAUAACCAGACCCAAAGUGAGAGUUAUGGGCAGGAUUCUUCUAGUUACAGUGACAAGGCUUCAUAUGGGCAGCAAGCCUCCUAUGGUGCCCAGGCCCAAACAGGAGAAAGCUUUGGUCAACAAGGCUCCUAUGGUGGGCAAGUGAGAGGAGCAGAUACCUUUGGGCAGCCAGGAUCUUAUGGUACCCAGGGUGGUGCCGCUGGAGGAGUUUAUAGUGGGCGAGGAGGAGGAGGAGGGGGAGGAGAUGCUGCUGCUGCUGCCGCCGCCGCCUAUGGCCCACAGAGCUCCUUAGCAGGACAGGGACAGACUGGCAGCGGAGGGUAUGGUGGCCAGGGGCGAGGAGGAGAAAGUUAUGCACAGCAAGGUGGACCUGGCAGUGCUGGUGCCAGCUAUGGUGGCCCGGCGAGAGGAGGUGGAGCAGGAGACAGUUUCGGACAACAGGGCUCUUACGGAGGCCAGGGUCAAGAAAGUGGCAGCUAUGGCAGGUGGAGUGAAGGUGAAGCUGGUGGUCAGGGUGGGAGGUUCGGACGUGACCAUAGUGAUCGCUCAGAAGGAGGGGGCUUCAGAGGUCGAGGCCGUGGUAGCUAUGACCGCAGUGGUGGAUACGAACGCGGUGGUGGAUACGAACGUGGUGGCUAUGACCGUGGAGGAAGAGGCGGACCUCCUGGUAUGGGAGGUGGUGACCGUGGUGGCUACAAAAAUUACGGUGGCUCUCGAGACUACGGCUCAAGGGAUGAAUCUUCUGGAGAGCAGGACAACUCUGACAACAACACCAUCUUUAUAACAGGACUGGGAGAGGAAGUCACAGAACAACAAGUGGGCGACUUCUUUAAGCAGAUUGGUGUCAUUAAGGUAAGCAAGAAGACAGGUCGGCCAAUGAUCAAUGUCUACAAAGACUCUGCUGGUCAACCAAAAGGAGAAGCCACAGUGUCUUAUGAUGAUCCUCCUACGGCCAAGGCUGCAAUUGCUUGGUUUGAUGGCAAGGAGUUUAAUGGCAAAACCAUUAAAGUAGAAUUUGCCACACAGAGAUCCGAGUUUGCGCAGAGAGGUGGAAAAACAGGGCGUGGUUUCAGAGGACGUGGUGGUGGAGGACCUAACUUUGACAUUAAGGGCGGAGACUGGCCCUGUCCUAACAGCUCUUGUGGCAACAUGAACUUUGCCCGGCGGCAAGAGUGCAACAAGUGUGGUGCACCUCGACCAGGGGAUGGAGGCUUUGGAGAUCGUGGUGGCCGAGGAGGUUAUGGCGGCGACCGGGGGGGUGGCGGCUUCAGAGGUCGGGGUGGCUUCCGUGGGGGAGACCGUGGAGGUUAUGGAGGUGGCGGCGGCGGAGGAAGUUAUGGAGGUGGCUACAAGAUGGGAGGAAGAGGUGACCGCAGAGAUGACAGGAGAGACCGGCCAUACUAAUCGUAACCAAUGGAAAACACCCCAACCCUUCACAUCACUGCAGAGUGGAUGAAUUAGUCUAGACAAACUGGAAUUGGUCAGACGCUCUGACUUGUACCAGUGCUUCCUGACUGUUCAUGGAGGGCGGGGGUUAGCCAGGCUGAACUUGUGUGAAGGGAAUUGAGGCCUAAGGCGUUACUUGUUGAUCUCUUUCGUUUUAUUUCUUUGUACAUCCUUUUAAUUUUUUCCGAUUGUAGCUACAGGUGUUUUGCCAGAUAGACAUUGUACCAUUGUUUUGUAUGAACAAAUGUUUUACUUUUCUUCUUUUUGUUUCCCUAAAAUGAUAUUAAAAACUGUGAUCUUUUC